AUGGAGUUUGUUUUGGGAUUUGGGCAUUUGGCUGUCUGGUGGUGCUGCGCAGUGAGGCUGGGCGGCGUUACUAUUGGCGGCCUCUGGGGAUUCAGCAAAGUUUCACUCUUAUUAAACUCCCGGACUGCGUCUAAGGAAGCAAGUGAUUUCAUUAUGAAAGACUGGUCUAUUUUCUCCAAACUUGAUCAUAAUGGAGCUUACCUCCCCAAGUUCCCAAUAGACUCUCCAGUAUCUCAUGAAAUUGGGUUAGGAUUGAUACCACAAGUUGGAAACUUAGUUGAGUGUUCAUUUCAACAUCCAAGGCGUAUAUGUGCUACGGGGAGUGGAGCAGUUCAGGAAGCAUUCAGCAGUUUCAACAAGUUUGCUGGAGCUUUCUAUUUCUGGUUUUCUAGAGCAUCGAAUCCUAAGUUAUUCCAAAGGCUAUCAGCUGCUGCAGGCUCAAGUUCAAGAGCUUGUCGGUCACACAUAAAGCAAGUGACCUCUUGCUUGCAGCAUUUACCUGGAUUGCAGUUUGGUUCACAAUUAAGAGAAGAGCAUGCUGUACAAAUGCUUUUAGCGAGGCUUGCAAGCGCAACUUGUGGACGCCUGUGGACGGAGGUGGAGGAGCGACAUGCCUGCAGCAUCCUUAUGCUGGCUGCUGCUACUGUAAUACCACCAUUUGAAAACAUAUCGCCAAAGAUGCUGGCUGAGUCAAUGGCACUAAGAAAAGAUGGUGGACACAUCCAAGAACCUGCUGAACAGUCUUAUUCAGAGGAAAGCCGUCCAGGUUGUGCGUGUGCUGCUGUGCCAAGAGUACUCUUACCAGAGGAUUUAACGGAACCGAAAACUGGCAUCAAGUUCUCCACUCUACUUGAAGACAAUUCCAAUCUGACUACAGAGGUCCUUGUUGGAAUGGGUUUCAGAAGCAUGCGGAUAAUGAGGGUUAAAAAUCUGAAUCUUUAUGCCUUUGGCUUAUAUAUACAACCUGAUUCUGUUUGCAAGAAGCUGGGUCCAAAGUACGCUUGUAUUCCAGAAGCUGAGUUGAAGGAUCACCCAGAUUUCUAUGAAGAUCUUCUGAGGGAAAAUAUUGAUAUGACUGUUAGGCUAGUAGUAAGCUACAAUGGCCUCAGCAUUGGCACAGUUCGAGAUGCAUUUGAGAAGUCUCUUGGCUUCCGGUUACAAAAGAUGAAUCCUAAUACUGAUUAUAAUUGCUUGAAGACAUUUGGUUCCUGUUUUAGUGAAGACAUUCGUAUACCUGCUGGUACAAAGAUUGACUUCCGGCAGACAUCUGAUGGCCAGCUAAUAACUGAAAGUUAG